CGCGUGUUCCAGCGGACUUGAAAUCCCCGCAGAGAGGACGAGGAGUGGUUCGAGGAACGUCAUGGUGUGCGUUUUUACGCACGUUGCGCAACUUUGGCGGCACUUGCUACCGCUUGGUGUGGAUGUGCGCAUCUUUUAAGACGUGCCUUUAAAAAAAAAAAAGGAAAAAAAAACAUAAACAUGAAGACUCAUGGGAUGUAGUAAAUGGAGAGCUGCGUUCAACUUUGGACACCUGAAGGUGCAGUCCAAGCUGUCCGUCUUCUUGACCAUGAUCAUCCUCUUCGUUUACCUUUUUUACUGCCUGAACGGAUUCUGCGAGUCCUCACCCAGACCUGUUUAUGACCAGCGGGCGCGCCGGCAGGACGAACAUGAUCCAAAAGACGCGCCGUCUUUUGUGCGGGAGCAGCUGACGGACGUCGCUGACAGUACGAAUAACAUCUCCAUCGCUAAUAAUUUCGGGAGCAAGAAGUUCCCUCAGACCAUCAUCAUCGGGGUGAAGAAGGGAGGAACAAGAGCUCUUCUGGAGUUCCUGCGCAUCCACCCUGACGUGAGGGCGGUUGGAUCCGAGCCUCACUUCUUUGACCGCUUCUAUGAUAAGGGACUGGACUGGUACAGGAAUCUAAUGCCCCGCACGCUGGAUGGUCAGAUCACCAUGGAGAAGACCCCCAGUUACUUCAUCACAAAGGAAGCCCCCCGUCGCGUCUUCGCCAUGAGCCGCCACACCAAGCUGAUCGUGGUGGUGCGCGACCCCGUGACCAGGGCCGUUUCCGAUUACACCCAAACUGUGUCCAAAUCACCGGGCCUGCCGUCCUUCCGGGACUUGGCCUUUCGCAACGCCACCACGGGGCUCAUCGACACGGCGUGGAGCGCGGUGCGUAUAGGCAUCUACGCCAAACACCUGGAAAACUGGCUGCGCUACUUCCCGCUCUCGCGCUUCCUUUUCGUCAGCGGCGAGCGCCUGGUGACGGACCCGGCGGGCGAGAUGGGCCGCGUCCAGGAUUUCCUGGGACUGAAACGCGUGGUGACGGACAAGCACUUCUACUUCAAUCAGACCAAAGGCUUCCCCUGCCUGAAGAAGCCAGAGGGGAGCAGCAGGCCGCGCUGCCUGGGGAAGUCAAAGGGCAGGCCCCAUCCGCACAUCCCCUCAGACGUCCUGCUCAGACUCAGAGACUUUUACAGACCUUUUAACCUCAAAUUCUAUCAAAUGACGGGUCAGAACUUUGGCUGGGACGACACAGCUUGACACCAAAAUUGUCACAGGCGAGAAGCAAUGUGCAUUACCAAAGUUGUUCUUUUAUCGAAAAGUGCAAAAAUGAGCUUGGGUCAAUUCAGUUCAGCUAUCAAAGUAUAAGCAUUUUAUUUACUUCCUUCAUUUCCUGUACUGUACUUUCACUUUAAAAGAUGCUGUUUUUAAUCAUUAUUUUUGAAAUAAUCAUGCAGUACAUCUACAAAACCAUACCCUCAUUCAAGUGUAUAUUUUAGAGCGCCUUAUUUAUAAAAUAACACAUUGUUGACAUUUUUUCUUGAGACUUUUG